AUGAUCCUUUUCGAAAGAAACAUGUUAAGGGCAUCCCAUCUGCCUUUUUUCGUGCCUUUUUCUUUAUCUCACCACUCUACACAUGAUCAAACAUCAUCUUACACUCCCUUCUUCUAUCCAUCAAAGUUUCUCUCCAGAAGAUUUGGUAGAGAAGCAAAUAAUACAUCCUCUGCUAAACUCUCGAGCCAGUGGAACAACCAACGGGUGCAGUUCGUCCAUGGAAAACUUCUAAGCGAGCUGUCGACGUGGCGGAUAGGUGGACCAGCGAAGUAUUUCACGGAGUUCUCCAAUCAGACCCAGCUUGUCGCCGCAAUCAGUUGUAGGUACUGCGUUGAUCACUCCAUCCGGUUUUUCAUUGUGGGCAAAGGCUCGAACUGCCUGUUUGAUGAUCGUGGUUUCGAUGGUUGUGUCAUGCUAAACCGAAUCCAAUUCCUCGAGAGGAUUCAUGGCGGAAUUUACAGAGUUGGCAGCGGUUACCCACUUAACAAACUUGGAAUGCAGUGUUCAGCGGAGGGAUUUGCUGGGUUUGAGUUUGCAUGCGGCAUUCCUGGCACUAUUGGAGGAGCAGUUUUUAUGAAUGCAGGAGCUCAUGGCCAGGAAAUCUCGGACGUAAUUGAGAGUGUGGAGAUUAUUACAAUAAAUGGAGAACAUAGAUUGAUUGGAAGAAAUGAUCUUCUAUUUUAUUAUCGCCAGUCAUCUUUCCAAAAAAUGCAGGACCUUGCUGCAAUUGUAGCAGUUACGUUUCACUUGACACCUUCCUCUACAUCAAAGACAAAGGCUGAGGAAUAUUUGAGCAGGCGAAAAAGUUCACAACCCUUGUCUGAGAGAAGUGCUGGAUCAGUGUUCCGAAACCCCAUGGGCAGUGCAAUGACUGCAGGAGAAUUGAUUGAUAAGGCGGGAUUGAAAGGUUACAGUAUUGGAGGUGCAAAAGUUUCAGAUAUGCAUGCCAAUUUCUUUAUCAAUUUGGAAAAUUCAACUUCCAGGGAUAUGGUUUUGCUCAUAAAGUUUGUUCAAGAGCAGGUCAAACUGAAAUUUGGAAUUGAACUUGAGGAAGAAGUAUGUAUGGUACCUUAUGGAUGACAUAGAAUAAAGGCUUUUAUACA